AUGUUCGAGAAAAAGUUCAACAUUGAAGUACAAACUUUACAGCCUUUACAUGAGUUUCUUGUACAACUGAAAGAAGAAGGUAGUCAGCCACAACUUAUAGACUUUCAUUAUGAAUUUAAUGAAAAUGAAGAUGGAACUCAUGUCUGUCAGUUUGUUAUAUAUUCACCAUUCAAUGAAGUAGCUAAAAAGAAAGAAAAUCCAUUACGUAUAAGAUUUCAAAUCUCUGAACCCAAUGAUGAUUUCAAGAAUGUUUUCAAUUAUGAUGCAAUGCUUCCGAGGAAAAAUGAAUUUUCAAAGAUUGUAACACCUGGCGUUUGGGAUAGAAAGCAAGCUAUAUUAUAUUCAAACUUAAGUAAGGGAGUUGAAAAUGAGUUCAUUGGUCAUACAAGAACUUCACCACUUCCUAACCCUAAAUACUAUAAAUUAACUGGCUUCAAUCGUGAGUUUUGGAUAGACAUGUUCUCCACUCAUGACCAUAACUGCCCAGUGUUCUUACCUCCAGACCAUAAGGACUGUCUCUACAUUGAAGCACAACUCUUAAACUCUACCAUUGCAGUAUUGUAA